UCUUAUUUCUGUUCAACUUUUGACAUUUGUCAAAAUAAAUCCAAAUUCCAUGUCGAAAUACCUCCAUCCAAAAUUUCUACAAUAAAUUUAACCAAUACUCCUGAGUAUGAAGAAUGAAAAGUUUUCUAUCUGACAAAAGUGAAGACAAAAAACGACAAACAAUAACAACCGAAACUGGACUGCUCAAGCUCUUUCUGUCGAAACUGAUAUCUGAUGAAGUGCAAUUUAUUCCCCUGAAGUCAGAGUUCGAGAAAAUAUAUCUUAUUGGAAACUUGAAUAGAGAAGAUUUAAGCUCCACGAGCGGACUCGAAUUUAACCAUUAUGAUUUUAACUCCACACCAGAGGGAAAGAAUGAGACCAGAUAUGCAUCGAGCAUCUCAUCGGUGGUAGAUGAAGAUAUUAAUAGCGCAAGCAAUAUCCCUUCAUCAAUUCCAACAGAAUUGGAGAGGCUAAGACACGAAAAUACCAAAGGUGGUAACGGUAAGGACACACCAAAUAGAACAAAGAUCCAAACUAAUUCCUCUGUUGAUUAGAUACGAGCAAAUCAGCCCAGGGAUGUAUGAGAAAUGUGGUCGAGAACCUUGAAGAAAUUAAUAUGAAGAAGAAUAUCUGUCUGAUACCAGCUCUGUUGGAGGAAGUAGAAAUGUUGUCAUUUCUGAGCAGUAAGAAGCACAAAGACCGCACAUCUAAUUCCUUCAUUGCAAGGGCCAGCGACAGGAAUGUCAAUCGUUCCUUUCCAUCUUCUCUUCAAGGUCGAACUGAAAUACAUCCCAGACGUAACAGGCAACAUCAGAUCCAGGAAUUCAGCUCUGCCAAAAGUUCCAGGGGAAGACGCCAAGACAACCACGAGUUCUUCGACCAACUACAAUUCGAUCCCAAUAGGAUAUCUUCGCACAAAUUACUAAAACGCGUCGAGAAAUCCGCAGAGAGAAUAGUGAGAGGUAUCACCAUCCGAAAUUUAGAAUCCGUAAAACGAAUAGGGGCCAGCAAUCCGAAGUUGAUCGUUAGGGUAUUUGAGAAAUACCUUUCCGAAGUGCUGAACUGUAAUGCCAAAUUGUUAUUGGGAAGAAAAAACCUGGGACUGAUCAGCUACGAGGACUAUCUUAUGGAAUCUGGGUCGAAGAUUCAAGAUCUCAAUUUGACGUAUUAUAUGAACAUCGAGAACCCCUUCAGUUGUCUCAUAUAUCCAUCCCUGAUCGAAGGUUGCGGUAACAAGAACAAGAUGAGUAUAUCCUCGGAAUGCGGAGAUAAACAGAGUCCCGAGGACAAUAAGAUGAAGUGUAAUUGCAAGCAGAAGAAUACCUGCUGUCAUUGUAAACCAGCCAAAACACCACCAACCAAUGAGGUAAAGAAGAAUUGUGGAUGUACGAAGGACGGGAAGAGUUUCGAUAAUAGGGGAUCAAGGAGUGUUUCAAAACCGGCAGGAAAUACCAGAACAUCGUUUAAAAUUUCUGAUAUGAAACUGGGAGGUCAGAUGACGUCGGUGCAAAAAAUCAACGAGCAAUCAGCCGAACUCAAAGAGAACUGUAAAAUGGACCCUACAGUUUCUUCCCUCACAAGCGGAAAUGGGAUGAAAAUCAAAAGGAAAUGCGACUGUCAGAGAAAAUCCACGAUGCAGACCAUAGGUGAGGGUGAAGCGACCGUAAAACGCUGCGGUUGCGCGAAGAAAAAGACAGGGGGACACUCGAGUGGUAGGAGCAGGAGUGGCAAAUCUAAAUCGAAGAAACAUAAAUGCGACUGUACUGAACCUUGCGAACCCAAAACCGCCAUAACAGCUGAGGGGGAUCAUCAGCCUAAGAAGGCUAGCUGUGAGUGCGUACCCGACCUCAAGAUCAAUAAUGACGCUGCUUGCAAUCCAGCUUGCUCUUCGCACAAUUCGGGACCAAGAUGUCCCUGUCCUUGCAGAGCCUUGUUGAAGAUGAAGAGUGUGAAAGAAGGGUAUAUAUCAGCUGAUCCUUAUGGCGAAAAAGAAGACAAGAGAUUCUGCGUAUGUCAGCCAAAUUCUAGGAUAAUGAAGAACAUGGCAGAAGAGCCUGAUGUGCUUCCGAAAGAAACACCAUGCGGAGUUUGCGAUGCAGACAAGGAGAACCCGUCACAUAAAUGCGACAUUUGUGAACUCGUGGAAGGCUUAGGUACACACCCCGACGAGAAUGCUUCGAUGGCCACUAUAGCCUCAUCGGAUUUCGAUCAAAUAGCAAGUAUCCUACGAGACACCAGAAACGACAACAAGCUCCUAUCCAACAUCAAGUGUUUCAGAAACAGCAGCGGAAUCAUCUGUCAAUCCGAGCUGGUCGGAUGUCCGGUCAAUGGCGAUAAAGGGGGGAAAUGUAAGACGAACACGAUCGAAAUAAGGAUAAAAUACCCAAACAAAACGGAAAAAUACAAAGACAUAUCUUGUUCUGCUGUAUGCACCAACACCAACAGCUCGAAGAUGGCUGGUGGUAAGAGGGCUAAAGACGAGAGAUACUGCGAGUUCGUCGAGAACCUACAACAAGAGAUAUCGGCAUGCUGUGCCCAGCCAGACAAGUCGGAUUUGUCGAUGUUGCUGGAUUCCUUCGCACGAAGUGUACCAGAAAAAGGCGAACGCAGAUCUAGCUGCUUGAAGUCUACAACUUUCGAUGACAGAGCCAAAGGGUCGUGUUCGUUCAAAACCGACGAGAUUUCCUGCCAAACCAGCAAUUGCGAAGGUGUCCAAAACGACGAGAUGGACGUCGAGUGUAUUUUCAGGAGAGGGCAAGACUGCUCACCACUCUGUGGGGACGAGUCCCUUUGUUCCAAACGUAAAUCGUCAGAUUCCCUCGACGACUGGGGAUUCGAGGAAGAUAAGAAAGAAAUACAAAUCGGGGAAUGUUCGAAAGAUAGCUGUAUGAGACUGGUACAUCAGCCAGUUAUAGCGAAGACAAAAAAGGCGGAGGUGGAAUGCGACGUGAAAGGAAGUUGUAUCAGGGAGAAGAUUUUCGAAAAAUUGUUUUCGAAUGAAAAACAACCGUGUAAAGUUCCCUCCAAAACCUGCGAAACACCCAUCAGGAGAGCUUCGCAAGACAAAAAAGCUUCGAAUUCUAAAGCUUCACCUAAAAAUAAAGUCGCUUCCAAAUCUUCCUCGAAAAAUAUCACGAAACCUCAGGAUAAAGCAGCUACUGGCAAAAAGAACGAUACCAUGAAAUUAGACGAGUUCGAUCAAAAUAUCCUUGCGCGUGCGCUGGAUGCUUUUCUGUCCAAGGGAAAAUAGAACAUAUUCAUAUAGUCUCGCAAUCUUUCAUCGAGCUUUUUUUCGCAGUGUAUGAACCAACAAGGGACUCAAAGAGAUGCCAUUCACCAAAGAAUACAAGGAUAACUCAGUAGUGAAGAGGUGUGAGGAUGAAAGUUCUGACGAAGAAAGGCCGGAUAAUUCAUCUGACACUGAAGAUUCCUCAUGUCCUUCAAAUGUAUUGAAAUCAAAGAAAACGAGUACGAAGAUUCCAGAUGAGAAAUGUCCAUACAAUAACUCAGCCUUCGUCUACUACUGCAGUAACAGAUACUCCUUCAAUUGUCGAAAUCCGUGCUGUCCUUCAACUAGAAAUCAAUGUGCUGGAUCAUCUUGCUACUCUCGGUGUUGUCCGUGUUACAAUGAACAUUUCAAGUGCUGCCUACCAGCAAUUAUAAAUAGACCACAGCAUUACUCAAUUAUACCUGUGAAGAAAUGUCCUCCUCAAACCUAUGUACCCAACAAACUUUAUCCUAAUGGAAAAUGGAAACAUAAAAAUAAGAAAACGAAAGGACAAAAAGAACUACUCUCUGAAAAAGAGAAAGACGAUGUAGCUGAUGAGGUACUGAAAAAAGUCCUAGGGGAACUGGCGGAGGGAUUGGCAGAAAAUGCAGAAAGAGAAGUAGGAGAGAGAGUGGAAUCACCCAAGAAAUCUCCUCAACCACUAAAAUCUUCAAUACCACAACGAGAACAAGGAACCGAAAUAGAAGAGCCAUACUUCUGCACUGGUGCAACUACCACUCAAACCUCUACACCGUUGAUCAAACUUCUAGACAGAAGAAAGGACGUCAUGGUUGAUACUCCGACCCCCAUUCCACCUCCUUGCUUGAGAGUUCUUCUCAGGCGUGUAUUGGAAGCUAAAUGUGCAGCUGUUGGUUAUGGCAGCACCAAGACGAUGGAAAAUUGUAACUUUGAACAACUUUGUAAGUGUACUCGUCCUUAUGAACAACGUGAGAUAAUCGAAGAAGAUGGAUUUUUGGGAGAUACGCUGAGAACGGGAGUUUUGGAGUGUCCUUGCUCAACCAGAGGAUGCAGAGGUUUCUGUGGCUACCAACCGGAUGGUAGAAGAAUAUAGGGGACAUCAAGUGUUCCCAGGAGAGUUCCAUGCGUACCAAAUUGUGAAUACUACAAUAUUGAGUCAAAUGCAGGAGAUAAUGAGCUCAUGACUUUCAUUUGAAUCGAACAAGUAUUAUUGCAACAAUGUCGUGUUAUUUGAAUAAAUUUCCCUUAAUUUCA